CAUCGAGCACCCCACACUAAGCAAAAGAGGAUAGCAAAUACAACAUGCUCAAAUUGCUGCUUUCGAUGCUCGCGCUGUGCGCCUUGGCCGCUGCCCGUCCUGGAUACCUGCAUGGCCACCACCAUCAUUAUCCGGAGUAUCCGCUGUAUCCCGCGCACCACCACAUCGAGCCGCUGCAUGUGGCCAAGAUUGUGCAUGUGCCUGCGGCCGUGUCGCACCAGAGCUCCACGGUGGUGCACAGUGUGCCGCAUCACAUCAUCAAGCCCGUGGUGCUGCCGACUGUGGUGAAAACUGUGGUGCAUCCGCCCAUCAUCAAGACCUAUCAUCCUGCGCCCAUCAUCAAGGCCUAUCCCUACGAUCCCUAUCACUUCCAUCAUCACCACGACUUCCACGACUAUCAUCUGCACUAAACUCGACUGGCUGAACCACCAAACACCAACCACCAACCCACCAACCACCUUAGCCACCCGCCCGCCCGCUGCCUGCU